GUAAGAUCGAGCAGGAGCUUUAGGGGGAGAUGGAGGGUCUGGUGGGCUUUUUCUUUUUGCCUUCAUCUCCUCGUUUUUUCGCUCCGUCUUUUUGAUCGUGUCUUUCUAGGAACUGGAAACACAACACACGGCGCUUUCUUUCUGUACAGGUCUGUAGUGUUCUGAUGAUCAUUAUUCACUGUGUUGAAUGAGGAGGUUCUGGAUCUUACUGAUGUUUGGAGGAUGCUGGUCGUCUGAAGAUCUGAAUCUCUUGAGUGCUACACAAAACUCACACACUUCCUCUCCCCCCACCACUCAUCCAACCAGAAGCAUCAGAACCGAAUCACUCACGAGAAACACUCGCAAGACGUAGAAGAACAUCUACAGCGGCCGUCUGACGGUCAAGGGAAUGCCACGGUCCUUUCUCGUGAAAAGUAAGAGGGCGGGGCAUCGCUCCUCACGCUCCGCCCACUCUCAGCAUCACCUGAAUGAUGGACGGGUGUCCAGUAAUGACUCGGAGACCUCAGAAGCGCAGUCCUUUAGAAACACAGAGAGGAACGAACCGUCAUCAGAGUUCAGAAGUGAGACUACACAACACUGGUGUUCUUCUACAGCAGAGAAGCAGACAGACGCUCAGACGAACCCGUCGACCUUCACCUCACUGGAGAGAGAGACGGAUGUGAUGCGUCUGCUUCAAGUGUUCCUCACUCACCAUCAGCUCAUGAACGUCCAGACGUCUCUGUGUGAGUGCUUGCUCUGUGAGAAGCUCCUGUCGUCUGCGGUGGGUUUGGCAUCUCACUUGAAUAAGUCACAUGUCAACGGAGCUGCUCUGCCAUUGGCCGGAUCCCCGGGUCGUGCUCAGCAGCACUAUGAGUACAGACCAACAGAAACGCUCAGAGGGAAGGAAAGGAGUUUUGGUUGUGAGAUUUGUGGAAAAGUGUUUAAGAGAUCGUCCACUCUCUCCACACACCUGCUCAUCCACUCGGACACGCGACCGUUUCCCUGUCCAUACUGCGGCAAGAGAUUCCACCAGAAAUCUGACAUGAAGAAACACACCUUCAUACACACUGCUUCCAGAGGAGACUGGAGCUACAGCGACACCUGCAGACACACACUGACAACAACAACAGCGGACAACCCCUCUAUCACAGGACCUGAGAGAAGACAGCUGUCUGAAGCCUCACUGACAAUAAUCUGUGCUACACCUAACGUUCCACUGUACCACCCGUGGUACAAACAUCACUCCAAAGAGAUCUUAGUAAUGCUAAUAAUGAGAUUAUUAAUAAUGAAGUUUUUCUCUUACAUAAGCAGAUGUCAAACAGAAGCAUAAAUGCACACCGAUGUAUGAUGAACUAAACUGUAAUGAUAACUGUUAUUAUAAAGAUUUCCAGAUAAAUUGCUUUGACUUCCUAAAGUUACACUAUAAACUCUUGUUUAAAUAUUUUUAAUACCAAACUCAUCAGCAGCAGAAUUUUGAUCCAUAAUAGUAAAAGAUUUUCUUAACCCUUACAUUUGUUCGAUUAACUCAGAGAAUGUUUAUAUUUGACCCAGCAAUCAUUUAAAACGACCCGGGGUUCAUCCCUUGACCCAGAGUAUGAAAUAAACACAGUAUUUGGUUUUUAGA